GGUUACGCGCGGGGCUCUGUGACCGCGUGACCCCGCGACCCGUGUCCCCGCGCAGUCAUGGCGGCGGUCAGGGUCUUGGUGGCCUCCAGGCUACGCGCGGCCUCCGCGUUCGCGCCACUUCACGCGUCCACGCCACGCGCGGCCCUCCACGGCUCGGCGCCGCGCCCGGGGGCCAGGGUCGCGCUGGUGCUGUCUGGAUGUGGAGUCUACGAUGGGACUGAGCUCCACGAGGCCUCAGCGGUGUUGGUCCACCUGAGCCGUGGCGGGGCCAAGGUCCAGAUCUUCGCUCCUGACAUCCCUCAGAUGCACGUGGUCGACCACACCAAGGGGCAGCCUUCCGAGAGCGAGACCAGGAACGUCCUGACCGAGUCUGCGAGGAUCGCCCGCGGCAAGAUCACCGACCUGGCCCGGCUCAGCGCGGCCGAUCACGAUGCCGCCAUCUUCCCUGGAGGCUUCGGGGCCGCUAAGAACCUGAGCACGUUCGCCGCUGAUGGGAAGGACUGCAAGGUCCACGGGGACGUGGAGCGGGUCCUGAAGGAGUUCCACGCGGCCGGCAAGCCCAUCGGCUUGUGCUGCAUCGCGCCCGUCCUCGCCGCCAAAGUGCUCCGUGGCGUGGAGGUCACCGUGGGCCACGAGCAGGAGGAAGGCGGCAGGUGGCCCUACGCAGGGACCGCGGAAGCCAUCAAAGCGCUGGGCGCCAAGCACUGCGUGAAGGGAGUGACCGAAGCUCACGUGGACCAGAAGAACAAGGUGGUCACGACCCCGGCCUUCAUGUGCGAGACGGAGCUCCACCACAUCCACGACGGGAUCGGGGCCAUGGUGAAGAAGGUGCUGGAACUCUGUCGGAAGUGACCGUGCCGCCGGCCUGCGUCCUCCACCAGGUGGAGCUCAUGGCCCGUGUGCCCUGCCCUGGCUGCGGGCAGGGAUCCACUUGUAGGCACCUCUGCCCCUGGAGGAGGCAUCCUGGGGCUCAGGCUGGUCGGUCUCCCAUGUGACCGGAGAGUGACGCGGGGCCUGCUGGUUCAGGAAGAGAAUUCGGGAGACGUCGCCCCACUGUGUUCCGUGCGGCCUUGGGAUGCUUGGUACUUGGGAGGGAAGAAUUGUUUUGAGUUUAUGAAUCUAGUAGUUAGGAAAUUGAAUUAUCACGCUUACUGGUAACUGGAAGUUCUGUAACCCAGAGUAAACGUGAACUAAAACGGAAA